UUCAGUUUUGUUGUGUCUCUCGUAUUCAAAGGGUGUUCGGAUACUUUAUUUAUUAUUGUGUCGUAAAGAUGGGACUGUUGAAUAACGAGGUUGAGUCGGAUGUUGUGUCCAACGAAUUGGUGUUUUAUGUAAAUGGCAAAAAGAUUGUAGAGACGAACCCAGACCCGGAAUGGACUCUGCUGUGGUACCUCAGGAAAAAGUUGGGCCUGACAGGAACCAAGCUAGGGUGUGCCGAAGGAGGAUGUGGCGCCUGUACUGUUAUGGUGUCAAAAUACAACAGGAAAGAAAAAAAUAUUUCACAUAUAGCGAUUAAUGCUUGCUUAGCCCCUGUUUGUGCGAUGCAUGGUCUAGCAGUCACAACAGUCGAAGGCAUUGGAUCUACUAAAACAAAACUUCAUCCAGUUCAAGAAAGAAUUGCCAAAGCUCAUGGCUCUCAAUGCGGUUUCUGCACUCCAGGAAUUGUAAUGUCUAUGUAUACUCUGUUACGCAGUUGCAAUAAUAUCAAAUAUUCCGAUAUGGAAGUCGCUUUUCAAGGUAACCUGUGUCGGUGUACGGGCUAUAGGGCAAUCAUUGAAGGAUACAAGACUUUCAUAGAAGAUUGGGAAACUAAAAGAAUAAACGGAGUCUCAAAUGGACAUACCAAUGGCAAUUCUAACAAUAUUUGUGCAUUAGGAAAAGAUUGUUGCAAAAAUAAAAGCGAUGACAGUGAAACAGAAUUUAUUUUCGAUAAGUCUUCAUUUCUUCCAUAUGAUCCUAGCCAAGAGCCAAUAUUCCCACCCGAACUAAAACUGUAUUCUACCUAUGACGAGCAAUAUCUAAUAUAUAAAGGCGCAAAAUGUACAUGGUAUCGACCGACACACUUAGACACAGUUUUAUUGUUAAAAGAGCAAUAUCCGAGUGCAAAAAUUGUUGUUGGUAACACAGAAGUCGGAGUUGAGAUGAAAUUUAAGCACUGUAUAUAUCCUGAAAUUAUUAUGCCCACUAGCGUACCAGAGUUGAACUCUGUCAUAGAAAUAAAUGGCGGCCUCUUAGUUGGUGCAUCGGUUACACUUAUGGAAUUAGAACAUACAUGUAAGAAGUACAUUAAUGAUUUACCCAAAUAUAAAACAAGAUCACUAGUCACAAUUAUAGAGAUGCUUAAUUGGUUUGCUGGCAAACAGAUUAGAAAUGUAGCAGCGAUUGGCGGAAAUAUUAUGACUGGAAGUCCAAUUUCUGACCUAAAUCCAAUAUUAAUGGCGUUAAAAGUGAAGCUUAAUCUAGUUAGUAAGACGGAGGGUGCCCGUACAGUUUUAAUGGACGAAACAUUUUUUACGGGGUACCGGAAAAAUGUGGUAAAGCCAAAUGAGAUUUUAGUAUCUAUUGAAAUUCCAUUUACAAAUCGUUUCCAAUAUGUUAAAGCUUAUAAACAAGCAAAACGUCGUGAAGAUGACAUUUCAAUAGUAACCGCAGCUAUUAACGUAGAGUUUGAAGAAAACACUGAUAUUAUUAAAAAUAUUAAUUUAGCAUUUGGAGGCAUGGCCCCAGUAACAACAAUUGCCACAAAAACAGGCAAAUCUCUGCAAGGCUUAAAAUGGAACGAAGAAAUGCUUGAUAAGGCAUUUACUUGCAUGCUAGAAGAAUUACCGCUAAGUCCAUCAGCUCCGGGUGGAAAUAUUCUUUACAGAAGAGCACUAACGAUGAGUUUAUUCUUUAAAGCUUAUCUAGCAAUAAGUAAGAAUAUAACUAAAGAAUAUUUACUAGAAGACAAAAUUAUUCCUUAUCAUAGCAGUGGCGCUGAGCAAUUUCACGGAAACAUGCCAAAAAGUUCCCAAUACUUCGAGUUAGUUGGUGAUAGGCAAAUCAAGAGCGAUGCAGUUGGUCGACCAAUUCAGCAUGUAUCUGCUUUCAAGCAAGUCACUGGUGAAGCCAUAUAUUGUGAUGAUAUGCCAUCUGUAGCGGGUGAACUAUACUUAGCAUUCGUUUUGAGUACAAAAGCGCAUGCCAAGAUCUUAUCUGUUGAUGCCAAAGAAGCACUUCAGACGCCCGGUGUGGUAGCUUUCUUUUCUGCCAAAGACUUAACAGCUGAACAAAACGCUAUUGGGCCUAUAUUUCACGAUGAAGAAUUAUUUAUAACUGAAAAGGUUACCAGUCAAGGCCAAACUAUCGGAGUUGUUGUCGCAGAAGAUCAACAGACCGCUCAAGCAGCUGCACGAAAAGUAAAAAUUGAAUAUGAAGAACUUCAACCAAUUAUCGUUACUAUAGAAGAUGCUAUUAAGCAUAAUAGUUUUUAUAAACAAUACCCAAAGGGUAUUAAAAACGGUAACGUACAGGCAGAGUUUGAGAAUCCAAACAAUAUUAUUAUCGAGGGUGAAUCUCGUAUAGGUGGCCAAGAACAUUUUUAUUUAGAAACACAUGCUGCUUAUGCAAUACCGAAAAAAGAAGACGAUGAACUAGAAAUAUUUUGUUCAAGUCAGCAUCCGACCGAAAUUGCGAAAUUGGCAAGUCAUGUCUUACACGUACCCAUGAAUAGGAUAGUUGCUCGAGUUAAACGAAUGGGUGGUGGAUUCGGUGGCAAGGAAGCUAGAGGUUUGUUGAUUGCUUUACCAGUGGCUUUGGCAGCUCAUAAACUACAAAGGCCUGUGCGAUGUAUGCUAGAUCGUGAUGAAGACAUGCAAAUGACUGGAACUCGACAUCCUUUCCUUAUCAAAUAUAAGACUGCUGUUACAAAAGAAGGGAAGAUAGUGGCAGCUGCUGUAAACAUUUAUAAUAAUGGUGGAUACUCACUUGAUUUAUCUGGACCAGUCUUGGAUAGAGCCCUUUUCCACUUUGAAAAUGCUUACUACAUACCUAACUCUGAAGUGAUGGGUUACGUUUGCAAAACAAACUUACCAUCAAAUACAGCUUUUAGAGGAUUUGGUGGACCACAAGGCAUGUUUGGUGCUGAGAGUAUGAUAACGGAUAUUGCGUAUAAACUUGGACGCAAUCCCGAUGACAUAAGGAAGCUCAAUCUGUACACUGAAAAUUGCGUUACUCAUUAUAAACAGGUCCUGAAACAUUGUACGCUACAAAGGUGUUGGGAUGAAUGUGUUGAAAAAAGUAAUAUGGCUCAGCGAAAGGUGGAUGUGGAAAAUUUCAAUAAGCAGCACAGAUGGAGAAAGCGAGGCAUAUCAAUAGUACCCACAAAAUUCGGCAUUGCGUUUACGGAAAAGUUUUUAAAUCAAGCAGGAGCCUUAGUAAUAAUUUACAUGGAUGGAUCAGUUCUUGUCUCCCACGGAGGUACUGAAAUGGGCCAAGGUCUUCAUACAAAGAUGAUUCAAGUGACUUCACGUGCUCUCGGGGUAGAAAUGUCCAAGAUUCACAUUAGCGAAACUGCGACGGAUAGAGUUCCUAAUACGUCAGCAACAGCCGCUAGUGCGGGAUCAGACCUAAAUGGGAUGGCUGUCCUUGAAGCAUGCCAAAAAUUAAGUAAACGAUUACAGCCAUACAAAGAUAAGAAUCCGGAUGGAACUUGGGAAAGUUGGAUUUCUGCUGCAUACUUUGACCGCGUAGCCUUAUCUGCGACUGGAUUUUAUGCAACUCCUGAGCUUGGUUAUAACUUCCAGAAAAAUGAGGGUCUAGCAUUUAAUUACUUUACUUACGGUGUUGCAUGCAGCGAAGUGGAAAUCGAUUGUCUUAGUGGUGACCACAUAGUUAUAAGAACAGAUAUCGUAAUGGAUUUAGGAGAAAGUAUCAACCCGGCCAUUGAUAUUGGGCAAAUCGAGGGCGGAUUUAUACAGGGAUACGGUCUCUUUACAAUGGAAGAGUUAAUUUAUUCACCAACUGGUACACUCUACUCUCGCGGACCAGGUGCAUAUAAGAUUCCUGGUUUUGGUGAUAUACCUCAAGAGUUUAACGUUUCUUUGCUCAAAGGGGCUCCAAAUUUAAGAGCAGUUUAUUCUUCUAAGGCCGUUGGAGAACCACCUCUUUUCUUGGCAUGUUCGAUAUUCUUUGCAAUAAAAGAGGCCAUCAGAGCUGCCCGUGCUGACGCUGGUGUACCGCUCGACUUUAAGCUUGACUCACCAGCAACUUCAGCCAGAAUACGAAUGGCAUGUGAAGAUCAUAUAACUAAGAAGAUUCCAGUACCAGAGCCGGGGUCUUUCGUACCAUGGAACGUAGUACCUUAGAUAUUUGUGGUUGUUUAAAUAAGUAUACUUAUGUAAACAAGAACGAGGAUAUAUCAGUGUUUAAAUAUAAUUUAUACAUAA